AUGGCCAAGCCAGUUGUCUUGAUGGUGGCGUGGCCAGCCGAGCCCCGUCUCCCACCGUUGAGGGACGUGGGUCAUCGGUGCAGAUGGUGCAAGAGGCACCGCAGGCCCACUCGGCAUUGCCACGAAGCUGGAGUAUCGCAGCCGCUCGAGACAAUAGCGGCCGUCAAGAGAGCCAUGGAGGGCUCUCCAAACACUCGGGCUGGUCAUGACGGGCAGGCUUACCGUCGACAUCCCGCCUUUGGCCCUGGCGUGGCGAAGAAGGUGAAGAAGGUGAAGAAGGUGAUGUGCCCAGCCAAGCCAGGGAACUGGCUUGAGACGACAAAGUCGCAUCAAUCCCGCGAGCCAUCCCAUCAUCCGCCAACAGACCACAUCCCCCCUGGCCGAGUACUCAUCCGCCACGGCAGACGAGGCUUCUGGGUCGGCCCUGAAGCCUUCCGCUACACUCCCUUCAUGCCCCAUAAGCGCUUCACCCGGCGGUUUCUCAAUGACUUUAUGCACACGUGA